AUGGGCCCCAGUGGCAGUCUCAAGCAGGGGCGGGGCUCAACCAACCGCAUAAAGGUUGCUGUGCCAGGCUGGCGGGAGAGGAGGAGAGCUGUAGCUGGAGCAGAAGGAGGGAGCACAAGGAGGAGUCGGCGGAGUGGAGGAGCUGUCACAGCUCUUGUAAGAGCUAGAACCGCCGCCAGUGGUCCUGCCACCAGUGGUCCCUGCGUCCGCAGUCUCCAGCCACCUGCAGCCUCCAGCGCCUGCAGCCCUGCCUCUGGUGGUCCUGCCUCUGGCGGCCCCAAGCCACUGCCUGCAGCUUCGAGCCGCCUGCAGUCCUGCCUCCGGCAGCCCCGAGCUGCUGCCUGCAGCUUCCAGCCGCCUGCGGCCCUGCCUCUGGCAGUCCCACCUCCGGCAGCCCCGAGCCGCCGCCUGCAGCCUCCAGCUUCAAGCCGCCUGCAGCUUCGAGCAGCCUGCAGCUUCGAGCCACCUGUGGUCCCGCCUCCAGCGGCCCCGAGCCACCUGCAGCCUUCAGCCAUCUGCAGCUUCCAGUGGCCCCGAGCCACCGGCGGCCCUGCCUUCAGUAGCCUGGAGCUGCCGAGACACCAGCAGUCCAGCAGUCAGCGGUCCCGAGACCCCAGCAGUCCGCGGUCAGCGGUCCUGACGUCUGCAGCCCCUGGAUGCCAGCGGUCCCGAGACGCCAGCAACCCUGAGAUGCCAACGGCCCCUAGCCGCCAGCAGCUUCGCUGCAAAAUGCCUUGCCACCCUGAGCCAUGAGUGGCCU